UAAAAUGUUUCCCACAAGCAAAGUAUUGAAAAAGUCCAGCUUUGACUGUAUUCCUGAUCACCCACUCAACUCAGAUUUGGUAAAAAAAUUGAAGUAUGCUCUGGAAACCGGGAAUAAGAAGACAGUGACGGAUUUGAUUUGUACCAAAGUUAAGCACGUGAAUGCCACCAUAGAACUAUCGAACGAUGACUGGAUGAAGGAACCUUCAGCUCAGCUGCACCCUUUGGUGCUAGUAGGAGACCUGAGAAAUCUCCAGGUCCUGAUUGAUAAAUACUAUGAAGAUGUGAAUGUGGUUUUUGAGAUCAAUAAAGAUGAGCUGGAAUGGCAAGUGAAAAGCCAGGCCUCUUUUGGACUGUCAGGCUUGUGGUCCCUAGAGUACAAAAGGGAGUUGACCACCCCACUGUGUAUUGCUGCAAGCCAUGGGCACACAACCUGCCUACGUCACCUGCUCUUUUGGAGGGCAGACCCCAACUUGGCUCCAGGAAGCCUAAGUGCUCUGCAUGAGGCCUGUGCAGGGGGCCACACAGACUGCGUAGAGCUGCUACUGGAGCACAAAGCCAACCCCAACCUCCUGAGUGAUGAAGGCUUGGCACCACUUCACCUGUGCACCAAACAGAACACACUGGGAUGUGCGAAGCUUCUAGUGAAAUACGGUGCUAAAGUUGACCUGCCAAGUGAAGACACCCAAGAAACACCACUUCACAUAGCAGCUAAGCACGGGCUUUAUGAGCAUGCCCACUUGUACUUGAGGUAUGGUGCUAAUGUGGAUAAGAAGAACAGUCAGGAAGAAACAGCACUCAGUGUGACUUGUGGACAAGGAAAAAAUGUUGAGGACCAAGAAAUCUACUUACAGAUGUGCAGAUUGCUGAUUAUGUAUGGAGCAGAUGUAAAUACCACAGAUGAAGAACAGAAAAGCCCGCUCCACAAAGCCUGCAAAAAUGCUAAUUACAGCUUGGUCCAGUUUUUGCUGCAGACUAAAGCAGAUGUGAAUGCUAUAGACUACAAUGGAUCCUCCCCAAUGGCUUGCGUUCUGCAGACUGCAGCAUUCAAGCAGGAGCUGAGGCCACAUCUCACAGUGCAGACACUGCUCAACUAUGGCUCCCAAAAAAUAUGGCCUACAGCCUUUGUAAAGGUGUUGAGGUCAUGUGCAUCUGUGCCAGAGAUCAUCGAAAUCCUCUUCAACUCCUACUCUCAGAUCCCCAUUCCUGAGAAAUGGAUUGAAGCUAUCCCAGAGGAAAUAUUUCAGAGGCACAUCACUUUCUAUGAAUCUGUCUUUAAGCUGUCAUGCAGAGCCCGGUGUCUGCAACAUCUGUGCCGCUUUGCCAUUCGGAAAAAGUUUGGCCACCAAUGCCACUCCCUUAUCCCUUUACUACCAGUGCCCAAAUCCCUACAAAACUACCUGCUGUUAGAACCUGAAGGAAUACUGCUUUGAAGAGCUGAUAAGAACCAAACUAAAAUCUUCCUGAAGUCUUCUCACUGACUGAUCUCCACUUUGUUGUAUUUACAGUAGGACUUUUUGUUUCAUUAGAGUUAAAAACCUAUUUCCAUCAUAAUUGGGGGGGGGUUCAGUGGUUUAUAAUAUAAACACACAUUUUCUUUGAGCUGAAACUUUGUAUAGAAUUUUUUAAUCACACUUCAUAUUAUGGUUACACUUACAGGGAGUGAAUAAAUGCUUAGCAGGGGUUAUAAGCAAGGUAUAUGUGAAUUUUAUGUGUUAUAAGGGAUUAAUUGAAAUGAAUAGAAUUACUUACUAGCAUAAAUAUAAGUAUGCAUGUAAGGAUCAGCAAGAUCCAGCCCAUGGGUUGCACCAGUGAUUUUAGUAAGGUCUCUCCAGCAAGCAAAAUAAACAGAACUGGUCUUUA